AUGAGGGGGGGUGAGGAGUUUAACUUCAAUAUCGCAAACGCCGAUGAUUCAUCAACAGCUCCGACCGUCUCCGCCGUGGCCGGAGAAAAACAUCCAAUUUCCGCCUCCGGCAUGAUCCACGAGUGUUCCAUCUGUCAUAAAGUGUUCCAGACGGGUCAAGCUCUCGGCGGUCACAAAUCUACUCACCGAAACAAACCACCAACGAAAGUCGCAAAAGCCGAUGAUUCAUCAACAGCUCUGACCGUCUCCGCCGUGGCCGGGGAAGAAUAUCCGAUUUCCGCCUCCGACAAGACCCACGAUCGAGUGUUCAAUCUGUCGUAA